CUAGAGUGGCACAGUGAGGAGGGUUUUGGUGAAGGUCACCAGUAAAAGGACAACGUCAAGUCACCAUGGCCUCUCUCAAAUCCUCUCUUCAGUUAUUUGUUAAUCUUCCCGUCUGUAUCCUCUUAGUGGUCCCGACAUCUGAAAUUUUUGUCACAAAAGUUGUCCCUGAUAACCACAUCAAGAUCGAAAGCUCCUGGAAUUCUUCUGCUGGUCGUGACUUACUGCUGCGAGAAACUUUCGCCGACUUUUGAUCCCAAGCCGACAUCAACACCAAAGAAAAGAACAGAUAACUGAUUGAUAAGAUGCCUAGUCAGCGUUAUGAAGAAUCCCGCUAAACUCGCCUUCUCUGGAACGACUCAACACCAUCUUCUCUUACGACAACAACAUACCAAACACGGCCCCACCAUCCUUUCACUCCGCUUCCAGCUCAACCCAUGAUCUGCCUCACUAUAGCAAUGAGAGCGCAGCAUUGACUUUACCUCAUAAUCAACCAUCAAGUGGUUCCUUUCAAGAUAUUCGGAAGACAUCAGACUCAGAAGGCGAUGACGGGAUAAGUCUGUGGGGUGGAACGAGUGCCAGAGCAUCGAUGAGCCAAGACCACGCUGCUGCGAGAGAAGAUGUGAUUUUGCAGCUUAUGAAGAGAGUUGGGGAUCUUGAGGUUAGGUUGGGUAUGCAGGGAAAUACGAAGAAUGAAAAGAGCGAUUGUGAUAUUGAAGCCUUAGAGACGAAAAUGGGUAGAGAGUGGACUGCUAGUGCUAGGGGUAUAGCUAUUGCAAUUUUGAUGGGAGCUCUCUUGUUCUUGGUAUCGUUUUGGACUUUCCUGACUUUGGGUGUGAGGGCGAGGCAUUAG